AUGGAAGCUCGUAUCUUUGUCAUCCGAUGGAAUCUUCUUGAAAAACUUCUUAAGACACUCAGAGCAAUAAGAAUCGCUUCUCUCGGUGUGUUGAGUCUCAUUGCGACCAGAACUGACAACAAGCGAAUUCUGUCGCGACAUGGCCAUAUGUAA